AAUAAAAUCCUAAACACUACCCUUUUACUCACCAGUCUCUUAUAAUGGCCGCCGCCUCCUCUUCAACUACCUCCACCGCAGCCGCGAAGCUUGCCCCGACCUUCACUGGCGAACCCACCAAGUGCGCUGCUUUUACAUCCUCUAGGCCUUCGCAAUUGCUCUUCAAUUCCAAGAAAUUUGCUUUGGGCCCUGCCAAAUUGUCUUCCAUUCGUUGUGUUAUUGCCAAAGAGUCGGUCGCUCCUAUGGAGACCGCUAAGAAAGACUCCGACCCGGCUAAGUGGUUGCGUCCUGAUUCUUUUGGACGGUUUGGUAAAUUUGGCGGGAAAUAUGUGCCUGAGACACUCAUGUAUGCGCUUAGUGAACUCGAAUCCGCCUUCCAUAAGCUCGCUACUGAUCAAGGCUUCCAGGACGAGCUAAAUGGGAUUUUGAGAGACUAUGUUGGCAGGGAGAGUCCACUUUAUUUUGCAGAGAGGUUAACAGAGCAUUACAAGCGUUCGAAUGGUGAAGGGCCACUCAUAUACCUAAAGAGGGAAGACUUGAAUCAUACUGGUGCUCACAAGAUUAAUAAUGCUGUUGCACAAGCUUUGCUUGCGAAACGGUUGGGUAAGAAACGCAUUAUUGCUGAGACUGGGGCUGGUCAGCAUGGAGUUGCCACUGCCACUGUUUGUGCCCGUUUUGGUUUACAGUGUAUUAUAUACAUGGGUGCCCAGGAUAUGGAAAGGCAGGCUCUUAAUGUUUUCAGAAUGCGUCUUCUCGGUGCUGAGGUUCGAUCAGUCCAUUCUGGGACGGCCACGCUGAAAGAUGCUACAUCUGAAGCUAUAAGGGAUUGGGUGACUAAUGUCGAGACAACCCAUUAUAUAUUGGGAUCUGUUGCUGGUCCUCAUCCAUACCCCAUGAUGGUUAGAGAAUUCCAUGCAGUGAUCGGUAAAGAAACAAAAAAACAAGCUAUGGAGAAAUGGGGUGGAAAGCCAGAUGUUCUGGUUGCAUGUGUUGGAGGAGGUUCAAAUGCCAUUGGUCUCUUCCAUGAAUUUAUCAAUGACCAGGAUGUUAGGUUGAUUGGUGUUGAGGCUGCAGGUUCUGGCAUAGACACUGGUAAACAUGCUGCUACCUUGACCAAAGGGGAAGUUGGGGUGUUGCAUGGAGCUAUGAGCUAUUUAUUACAGGAUGACGAUGGGCAAAUAAUUGAGCCACAUUCCAUUAGUGCCGGCUUGGAUUACCCUGGAGUUGGACCUGAGCACAGUUUUCUGAAAGAUGAAGGGCGCGCUGAGUACCAUUCUGUCACUGAUACCGAAGCAUUGGAAGCUUUCAAGAGAUUAUCGCAACUAGAGGGCAUAAUCCCAGCUCUGGAGACGUCUCAUGCGCUGGCAUAUUUGGAGCAACUGUGCCCGACUCUCCCUAACGGGACAAGAGUUGUGCUUAACUGCAGUGGUAGAGGUGAUAAGGAUGUUCAAACAGCCAUCAAGCAUCUAAAAGUUUGAUGGCAAUGUUUGCACACAGCAAUUUAAUUCAUUGGACUGCCAAUGAAUAAGUGAGUUAUUCCGUCUUAAGGAAAAGCUCCAUUAACAUUGUACUAGUAUUUUAUAUUUCAAUUUUGUAUUAUAAGCUUCUCAGAAUUAUUCCAUGAAAUUUAGAUUGGAAACGUUUUUCUGCUA